CGCACCACUAUAUCUCGCACACGAGCAGGUGCACUCGAAGCCUUGCAGCAGGUGCACCUGGCUUGUCAUGGCAAGCAGGACCCUACGCAGCCUUAUAAUUCGCAUUUCGUCAUGAGAGACGAACAUCUGACGCUGCUCGAUAUCAUGGAGAAAAAUCUUCCGCAGGUCGAGUUCGCGUUCUUAACGGCUUGUCAUACUGCUGUAGGCGAUGGCGUUCUA